GGAAGGGGCGACAAGUCCAGGAUCAGGAAGAUGGGGCAGUGAGUCCUGCGGCAGGAGCCACAGCAAACACGGCUCGAUGGAUAAUUUGCCCCUCACACCGGGAGAGCUAAUAUGUUUGGGAUCAAGCCUCGCCUUCUCUGGCCUCUUUUAUUACCUGCACAGGAAGAAGGCCAAAGUGAUGGCCAAGAUCCAGGAGGCUCCAAAGCUUCAGGUCAGUGCCAGUCUGCCCAGCAUUCUCUCUGCCACAGGUAGCGGCUGCCUGCAGUACGUUGCCAUUGAAGGAGUGGUUCAGCCAGCUGAUGUGGCUUUGACUAGCCCAUACCACCAGGAACUGCAGGGAGUGAUAGAGAGACUGGUGCUGAAGGAACAUCGCCUGAUCUGGAACAGUUUAGCUCGGAGCUGGACCGACAGCGAGCGGGUGGUGCUGGAGCAGGUGCACUCGGUGCCUUUCGUCCUGGCCAAUCCCAGCGGCAAGGCGGCGGGGCAGGUGAGUGUGGAAUCGCCCUUCCAGGCCUCCGAGCUGCCCCUGGAGAUGGUGUACGAGCGCUUCCAGCAGACCUCCCACGGCUUCAAGGACCUGCUCAGCCACUACCUGAGCGGGGAGAAGCCCAAGGGCUUCCUGGAGACGGAGGAGAUGCUCUUGGUGGGGAGCAGCCUGACCGGCCUGGGCGAGCUGGUCUUGCACCCGGACGGCUCCCUCCACCUGCAGCCCCCGGCUGACGGCACGGGCUACUUCCUGAGCCGGGGCGACUGGCAGACGCUGCUGGCCGACAUGCAGUCGGUCAGCAGCCUUUGGAAGUGGGCGGCGCUGCUGUGCGGCUUGGCGGCCACGGCCGUCGCCUUCCGCGCCCUCUGCCGAGCCUACCGCCACCGCCAGCUGAGGCUGCAGCAGGAGGCACAGCGGCGGGAAUUCGAAGAGCUCUCGCGCCGCCGGGGCGCGGAGCAGCCGGAAGAGCUGCUGCCCGAGAACGCCUGCGUCAUCUGCCUGACGAGCCUCCGCGAGUGCGUCCUGCUGCCCUGCGGCCACGUCUGCUGCUGCUUCCGCUGCUUCCAGGCCUUGCCCGCCCGCACCUGCCCCAUCUGCAGGGGCCCCAUCGACCGCGUGGUUCCCCUGUACCAGGCCUAGCCGAAGAGCCCCGGCGAUGUUCGAACGCCCUCCGCUUGGAGGUGGAGGAGUGCAAGCUCCGUCGCUUGAGGUUAGCGAGAAGGCGCCUCUUCUCUGCUCCAGCCCCCCCACCCCCUCCGGGAUCCUUACCGCUGUGAGGUGUGUGUCCGGAGCUGAUAUUGUAAGGAAGCUCAUCUGGGACAUUAGCCCUGCUCUGCUCACUGGAAGGAGCACUGAGUUGCUGGGAGCCGUGCCGAUCUGUGGGACGUUUUGCCCGGAGCGACGAGCAAAACCCAUGAGCCUCUCCAACUUGCCCUGUCCACGUGCAGACUUGGAACAGGAAACCAGGAAACCAUGAGUAGGAUCCUACCGAUGCAGGAGCAGGUGAAAAUCUUCAGCCUCGACUUGAGUUUCCUGCCUCCCGGAAUUGGAGCCAAGUCCCGUUCUGAGCCAACUCCUCUGAGCCAGACUGUGAGAUCCCUGCCUCUCUGCCUUUGAUUGUGACCCUGAAGGAAGAGGGUGGGACCUAGUGGGUAGAGGCAGCACAUGUUUUCUUUUCUUUUUAAAAGAAAGCUGUUUGCAGAGGCUGCCUGUUCUCACUUUGCACCGUAAGCCAGAUUUCAUUUUCAUGGUACAGUUUGAUUUUUAUAGACUACCUCACUCUUUGGGCCACGUCCAGGUUGAUAUAAAUGCUGCAGCCUCUGCGGUGUGUGUGUGUGUGUUGGUGAGGCUACAGGCUCCGUGGCUUUUCGAUAUAGAAUCUGCCACGGGGACCAGUUUUUCCGCUGCCUCACCUUCAAGGCUAGCAUUUAAAUCAGCCAGCAAGUGGUUCUCUGCAGAAGCCCAGGUGGGGAUGGAGCAAGCAAGGAUCGCCUUGGAGCAAGCCUGUUCAUGCAGGCGGCUCUGAGUGCAAUGGGCUGGUUGUACUGUAGCCUGGCUCCCUUGUGGGUUGUACUCUAGCCUGGCUCCCUUGUGGGUUGUACUUUAGCCUGGCUCCCUUGUGGGUUAUAGUCUAGCCUGGCUCCCUUGUGGGUUGUACUCUAGCCUGGCUCCCUUGUGGGUUGUACUCUAGCCUGGCUCCCUUGUGGGUUGUACUCUAGCCUGGCUCCCUUGUGGGUUGUAAUUUAGCCUGGCUCCCUUGUGGGUUGUACUCUAGCCUGGCUUCCUUGUGGGUUGUACUCUAGCCUGGCUCCCUUGUGGGUUGUACUCUAGCCUGGCUCCCUUGUGGGUUGUACUCUAGCCUGGCUCCAUUGUGGGUUGUACUCUAGCCUGGCUCCCUUGUGGGUUGUACUUUAGCCUGGCUCCCUUGUGGGUUGUAUUCUAGCCUGGCUCCCUUGUGGGUAUCAUUUUGCGACUGAGCGCAGCCCAGUCCCUCUUCCUUGAGUUGGCCCAUUGCUAAACAGCAGACAUAGUUUAAUCCCAAAUUGCCAGCAGUCAUCCUGGAAUUGCUGGGAUCCCUUUCCCCUUCACGCACAAGCUCUACAGCCAGAAAGUUGAUCAAACUGUGAAUGAAUGUCUGACAGGUUGUUCAGCACCUUUGGCUGAUAUUUUGCUGACACAGACACUCUCCCUGGUCUGUCUUUUUCCUCCAAGAUGAUCAGCGUCGUGCUCCAAAUGGACUGCAAGGACUUCGUCAGUCGCGUUAGCCUUUCUUCACCUGUAGAUGGUUUGUGCCCUGCCCUGUGGCUGAGCAGAGUGCUCGAUGGCGCUUGGCCAAGCCACGUGCAGUGAAUGUGGAAUCAAGAUUUACUGAUAAAUUGAGCAAUAC